AUGUAUUCCGACUGCGGGACAACAUUCAUUGGAGCAGACGCCGCGCUUAAGAAAAUGUUCAUCCAGAGUUCCCAAGAACAUCAACGAAUCGCUCAAAUUCUACAACAUGAUUGCACCAGAUGGGAGUUCAACCCACCAGGCGCUCCACACAUGGGGGGCAAGUGGGAGGUGGUGGUGAAAUCCGUGAAGUUUCAUCUGAGACGGACUAUCGGGGAAACUUUACUCACAACGGAAGAACUCACAACGUUGCUUACGCAAAUCGAGGCCAUUCUCAACUCGCGGCCGUUAGAACCGUUGAGUGACGACCCUGAAGACGUCUCAGCGCUCGCACCAGGUCAUUUCCUUAUUGGAGGUCCAAUCACUACUAUACCCGAGCCAUCUCUGAUUGACCUGGCAACCUCACGACUAUCUCGAUAG